AUGAAGUGUCCCCACUUUACGGAUUACUGGAAAAUUUGCCAAAUAUUUUUUGCUGAGGCAUUGGCCGCUGGUGUCGCUCAUUACUUCUGCUUUCUAAUAGACAAAAAAGAACCCAAUGUACCAAUAGUUGCCGGAUUCAUUGCUGGAGGGUCAAUCUACAUGGCAGUUUGGUGCAGUUUCACUACCAGUGGUGCUCAGAUCAAUCCCGUAGUCACACUCGCCGCUCUCAUAACACGCCGUCUACCUCCCUUCUUAGCACCUGUCUACCUCAUCGCCGAUUUCAUUGGCACACUGGUUGCCAUGGCAAUAGCAUGGUCUGUAACACCGUUUGCUGAUCAAGAACCGAAAAAAUAUGGGAUGACUCUACCAGGAGAAGGCGUCAGCGAUUUGGCAGCGACUAUGACAGAAGCGGGGACAACUUUUGUUCUCAUAACAGUCAUUUUGGCCUCGUUGGAUGAAUUGAGAGCUCGAGAAUGGCGACCGGAACAGGGUGCGCCAUUCCCACUGGCGGUUAUGCUAACGCUCACAAUUAAUGUGGCAACUACGGCACACAUUUCAGGAGCCAGCAUGAAUCCAACAAGAAGUCUUGCAGCGGCAAUCAUUCAAAAUAACUACGACCGUCUCUGGGUAAGUUAA